AUGACACAAGCCAUAAUGACCGGGACGAGCACCGAUGAUCGACUGGGAGAUCCCUUCGCACCAAAUGUUGGAAGUUCGAGGGCGACAAUGCCAGCAGAAGUCAUGGCGCAACAUAUGAAGCAGCAGGACUAUACAACCGCAGAUGUCGACCGGAAAAGACCCCUCCAAUUGCUUGACCUCAACGAAGAUAUUCUCCAGGCCAUACUACGCGAAGUGACCCAUACCAAUGAUCUUACAGCCCUUGCGCUGACACAUUCAACCCUGCACGAUCUUGUCAUCCCCCACAUCUACUCCCGGUUCGACAUCGUGUGGCCUGAAGCCAAUACCCAUAUUGAGAGUCGCGUUGGUGUUGAUGCGCUUACCUACGGACUUGCAACCUUGGUCAUGGCCUCAGAUGUGUUCGGUGAAGCUCCAUAUCAGCAAAGACCUCCAAGAGCAAGGCAGAACGGAGGCGGUCCUAAGAACAUUCGAAGAGGCAAUCAUUUUGCCCAAUACACCAAGAAGUUCAGCCUUGGUAAUGGUCCGGCCGACUGGGUGAGCGAAUAUUUGAUCACAAAAGAAGGUGGCAAGAUGUUGGGUACACUGGUGGCACUGGCCGUGGGGCGGAUGCGUAAUCUCGAAGCAUUCAUCUGGGACAUGCCAACUGGAGUGCUGCGGGAUGUAUGGUUGGCUCUCGCGUCCCUAGGCAAUCGAGAUGAUGGCAAUAAUUGUCGACUGGAAAAAGUGUGGGUGAGAUGGCAUGAAAAUGCUACUGAAGGAAGCCCACUGGCUUCACCACCCCCAACAGGUCAAGGUGUAGCUGGCGCAACUACGAACAUCCCGGCUAUCCUCUACGGCACGGCAAAUGCGUUGUUCCAGAUUCCUCCAUAUCCGAGGGUCGAAUUUCCGACAUUCUCCAUACUUCCACCUCUAAAGAGCCUUACGGUUCUUGAUAUCGACGAAAAGCCAUAUGUGGAAGAGAUGGCAGUUCUCGUUGAAAACUCGCUGCACAAGCUUCGAGAGCUGCGAAUCGGUCUGGCUGAUCAUGCUCAAUAUGAUGCUUGGACUAUGCCACUAGAAGACCGCAGUAUAAUUCCCGCCCCUCUCAUUCCUCUUGACGGCAAUUCGCAGCAGCAGGGAGGAAUAAUGGGCAUACUGGUUCACAGGUUCUGCGAUCCCACACAACCUUCGCGAGCUGAGAGCUCGACAUCCAUCAACACCCUUGGUUUGUCGAAACCCAUGGUCGAUAUCACCGAGACUCCCGUGCCAACGAAUAUCAAAUCUGCCAGCGAAGAGCAUGAGAACAAUGAGAUCGGACAGCUAAGUCGACUCAUGUCAGAUCAUAGUCUUGCGGACUUGUCGCUGACCGAGACUCCCUCCUUGUAUAUUUCAAAGCAGAGAAGAAAUGCAGAUCAGCAGCCGCCAGCGUUCGGAACAACUCUCGCUGCCGAUGUCCACCCAACUGUCUCCCGGAGAAUGCAGCUCGACACUCUUGAGUUGGAGCGCAUUUAUCUCUCCGUUCCGUCUUUGUCCCGAGGCAUUGACUGGACUCACCUAAAAUCGAUCACACUUCUCGGAUGUAGAAACCAUGAAUCCCUCUGGAAGGAGCUUCGAAGGAAGUUUACGCCACCCAACCGCACGCGCACUCCUUCAUCGACGUCGCGGGCGGUUUCAGGCGGACUAAGCAGUAUCUUCUCUCCAAGAAAUCUCACACCACUGUCAAAGGAAUCGAUUCCCGCCGAGGAAUACCGCCUCAACAUCAAGAAGAUUCACACCGAUACUGUCUCGCCAUCAUUAAUCCAAUUCAUCAAGAAUGCUCUUGCCCCAGACAGCCUCGAAUGGCUUUUCCUUCAAGAGAACACAACGUACAAGUCUAGCGUGAGCAUCGAUGCAAUCUACCGAGGAGCCAUCCGGCGCCACCGAGGUAGUCUACGAAAACUACUUAUCGACAGCGGAUCUCGCAAAGAUGAAGAACCAGGUCCCGCGAGUUGGCGGAGAUGGGUUCUCAAUCGGGAGCUUCUAGGCUAUAUCACAAGUGGGAAAAUGCGCCUCCGCGAGCUUUGUAUGUCCAUUGACUACAAGGACUGGCACUAUUUUCUUCAGAGACUACCCCAACUGAGUAGUCUUCGGUCGCUACAUAUCAACCACAUCGCGGAUCAUGUACACGGCACGUUCGACAGUCGUGAAGCAGCGCUCCAGGUGCUUGACAUCGUUUCUCUGCGGCCAGACCUUGAGAUUUGCUACCUGGGGAUUCAGCGGCAGUGCUUCGAGGUGCUCGAAUACAAUGCUGCCCAACGAAGUGCUGGUCCUCAUCCGCUUACUGUUGUCAACGCGGACCAUGAGUUGGACAGUGACGACAAUGAUGAAACCGUCGAGGAGAUCGAUGACGAUAACGACUUCGAUGUUGAAAUCAGUCAAGGCGAAGAGACAGAAGACGAGUCUCAGGACAGGGCCGGGAAAAUGGCGUUCAAAUUGAGAGAGAUUCUGUUCUACGACGACAAAGUUAGCAUCUUUCGUGCGCGUCAUGGCCGUCUUUGA